UCGGUUCGCAGUCAACUGGUUCCACGAAGUACUCUCGUUUGUUCCUGAGUACCGCUUGCAAGGAGAGACUGCGCCUCUUACAAUCUGCGAUGAAAGAAGUGAGCGACAAGUCUGGGGUCAUGGGCGAUGUCGUCGACCGACUGUUGCAUUGGUCAUUGCCAGCCAUCCGGUCAGAAUUCGGGGAUGGUGUGGCGUCGAGGAUCGAGAGAACACUACCAGUCGGCAGUCGUGCAGAUGUGUUUCGUCUCGGAGCAGGAGGGGAUGAUUCGAUAGCGGACGCUGAGGAUGAUGGCGAGCAUGAGGGUGAAGGGAGCGGUCGAGGCAAUGGCGGGUCAUUUUGUGGGUCGGAUGAUUCAGUACCGCGUUCAGGGCACGGGUCACAGCGUGGCCGCAGAUCGCGCGGGCGGCCACCAAGCCGUGGCAGGUCGCGUUCGCGUUUCGAACAUGUACGUCCUUUGUGCUGGGACGAUUCGAGGGAUGGUGCUUUGCAAAGCGGACCUUGCAAUAAUCGUUCUAAAGAUGUGUUGAAAUCGAUGGGGCACUGGGGAAGCUCGAAAGCGCCUGAUGUCAUCUUAGUGGAGCCGUUGGAGCGCCUGGGUAUUGAAUGGCAGAAGGAUUGUCAUCAUAAGGUAAAAAACAUUCGCAAGGCACUUAGAAAAGUCGUGACACUGAAGGUGCCAAAGAAAUUGAACAACCCUCAUCAGUGCGUGUCGGAAUCUCAACUUAUGCAGUUCACGAAGAAGGAGUUGUUGGAUGCCUUGACGGACCGUUAUGGACCAGGGUCUUUGACGGCAAAAGAAGAACGAUUGAAAAAGAGCGACUUCGUUGCUCUUGUGAUGAGCAAAAUGUACCCGUACGGCACGAUGAAAAACAACAAAUCCUUGGUCGUGGAUGCAGAUGGUGUGACUGAGUUCCAUAUGGAUGAGGUGGGGCAUUGGUUUCUUCGUGCUUCCCAGCUUUGUAGAGAUGAGGGCAGCGACUUUGUCACUCUGCACAAUGAUGUCAUGAUGAUCGUCGACCAUUGGGCCGGGGACCACUCCAGGUGCGUUGCGGACAGAGAGCUUUUAUGCUUAAAGGCGGGUGACCCAUCUCGGCUGCCUCUGUACACACACGACGACCCCGUGUAUGACAUCAUUCGCCAGACGUUGGACAGGCAUUGCAGCACGACAGUUUGUUUGUACUACACGGAGUUCCGUCACACAUCGACGGUUGAAACCUUCCAGGGCACAAUCAUCAUUUACGCGAAGAAGGCUUUGCACUUCGAGAAGUCGUAUGAGCCGCGUUUGGCGAUUGCAGUCAUUCGAUGGAACAGUCAUGCAUGGCAGGAUCCCUUGGAGUAUCGUGUCCGCAGGCCUUCUAGGACUUCGAUUCGUCCAAGGCCGAGCCACUACCGUCACAAUCGGCCACCUACCGAUUCGUGGAUGGAUCGACUGUCCACGUUCAUCUUCGGUUCAAAAUGUGUUUCAGAUUGGGCUCGACGCGUUCUCGAGUACGACGACUGUGAUGUGUCGGGCGAGGUCGGGUCCUCGACACCUCCUCUGCCUCGCGAUCUUUUUUGCAGAGGCGAGGAUACCAUUGUCCGUGACGAGAACGACGUUGCUUCAGGUGCGAAUCCCGACAUUGUGGGGGAUGACGAUGUUUUCAUCAUUGGCGACGGGGAUGGGUUGCCUGGACCGGCGGAUGCCGUGUUCGAUCGAUCAUGCAAUUCUCUAUCGGACGCAGAUGAUGUCGAGUUGUUCGACGACUGACAUUAUGUUAUGUCAUAGUAUCUUGUACAUGCGACUUUUAUGUUUGUUGGCUUUUCAGUU